CCUGUAUCUUGACAAGCGUGCCUUUCUGCAAUUUCUAGGGUUUCUUUGGCUGUCUUUGAGUGAAAAUGCAGUACUGUUGCCCAGCAUAUCUCGUAUUCUUUACCCUAUUUCCUCUAGGACUCGCGGCAACCAAUGUGUGUUAUAACCCAGACGGAACUCAGACGGCGAGAGAUACUUAUUCCCCAUGUUUUCCCAACACCAAUGUGACACAUUGCUGCCCGGAUGGCUCAACUUGUCUAAAGAACGGCCUGUGUCUGAUGAAGAAUGACACUACCCUGAACACUGGGCUAUGCACGGACAGUACGUGGCAGGAUGAUGCAUGCUUUCCACGAUGCCUGACAUCCCAACGCAAACCUGGCCCAAGUUCGCUCUAUCGCUGCAACAACAGUAAAUGGUGUUGUUCGGAUGGCGCCUCCAAUUCCACAUCCUGUUGUCAGGACGCAGGCGUCAAGCUAUUCCCAAUCAUUGCGCACGCAGCCGUGGAAAAUGGCUCGGCGUUUCUGCAUGGCUACAGCAUUGCACCCAUUGCUAGCAUUAUUAGCAACGGAGCGCUCCCAUCAACCACCGCUCUGCAGACAGUAACCUUCACGACAGACAUAUCUGGUUCACUGCUCACCAUCACAGCGACAACGACCGGUGACCCCAGCCCUGUUGCUAUUGGGGCAGUCUCUAAUUCCAACACGGGCUUGAAGACCGGACUGGGUACCGGACUCGGGGUUGGUGUUCCUUUCCUUGCGGUCAUCGCCGUCCUUUCGUUUCUCCUCUUUCGAGAGAAGAAGCGCCACCGGGCGACUCUUGAGUCUCUGUCCAGCAAUGACGGCUAUCCUCUUGUCUCCCCUCAACCAAUACUAGCGGCGGGACAUUAUCAAGUCGCAACUGGCAGCACCAAUGACCAAUGGCCCUAUACCGCACAGCAACCCGCUGAAGUCGAUUCGCGGGAAAAGAGGACCACCCCCUUAGAGCUCCCAGCAAAAUGAACCCAUCAAGUACACGUCAAAAGAGGAAUAUUAAGAUUCCAGCUCGAUUCAGAGUGAUCUCGAGAAAUGCCACAUUCCUUAACUCCGCGGCGUAUACCUUGGUGGGGGCUGCGAAAAGAACGCGUCCCUUUCGCUGCUGGAGUGAACGCCUGUCGAGCUCAGCUCCGGUGGCGGGACGAUCCAACUUGCGUUCCCUCUGCCGCGGGUUCUAGCCUCACUUUCGUUGUUUCGGGCUUCCUGGUUGGAAGUUUGAGCUAUAAUGCCGUCCAUUCCGGCCCUUGACGAUUCAGACUCACCCGGCAUCUCGAUUCUUGAUCCCUCUGCCUGCACAGGACUGUAUUCUUGUGUGCCACUAGCAGGUAUCACUGCAAUGGCUACAUCCUGGCAUGCAAACUUCAAGUUUCUACCUUCGCAUUCGAAGCCAAUCUCCAGCUCCAGUGUAUGUUCAACGGCAGCAUUGUAUGUCGCGAAAUCCGGAACCAGACUCUCUCUUGGUAUGCGCAAUUGAGUCAACUCGGCGAGGUCGACCUCUGUUUGUGCAGCUAUUUCCACUGCACCAGCCCCGUUGGCGCUAAGGGGUAGUGUCUCGCACGGGUAGACUGGGAGUGGCAGCGAACAUGUUGUCUUCCGCGAAUACGUCUUGCGGGUAGAGGUUGACGGGUGACGUCCGGCUUGAACGUGCGUGUGUUGAAUGACCGCGAUUUUUAAAGUCUUGAUUGUAAGGGCGGUCGCAGUAGACGGGGGAUGUGCGCUGGUUGUUGCACGCAUUCCCGUGUUGCUCGCAGAUCGUCCGCGGAAUAAUAUGCUCAUCCUCGAAUAGUCUUCUCUGACCUCAAUCCUGCGUGGUAAGCGGACAGAGAUACUGAGCGAGGAUGCAGUGGCCGCUUCGUUGGGGUCCUCACGUUGGAACUUUGAGAACUUCAGGAUUCGGGCCAUUGGGUUUUCUUGAGAGAUGGCGAUCUUCCGCCGCGGGAUUUGGAAAGAUUGGUGACGAUGGACAUAAAAUUGGCCAUCCACCCUGCUGUUGGGAUUCUGACUCGCAAUUGUUCCUGUGACUGUCCGGGGCAGGACGCUGAUGGCAUGCUUUGUGGUGAUUCUUUUGCCCAUCGUGGCCGUUGGAGAGCUUGACGGCGGCUUCAACGCCGCUUCGAGGAUAUAGUCCACCAGACAAGCAAAUCCCCGGCAAGUAUAAAGCAUGGUCGGCGGCAAGGCAUGUCUGUGAGCACCUUGGAUGGUCCUUUGAACUGCCGGGCACCUCCAUGCCACUCUGUCAUCGGUGUAUUCAGGCACUCUGAACUCAAAUGGCCAACUAUAUACUCCCGCUCUGUGUGUCCAUUUCCCUCCGGUAUACAAG